UUACAGCUGUGUGUAUAUACAGAUAUCUGUCAUUAGUUCUUCCACACAAACAUAAACAAUAAUGAGCAGCGAAGACGGAGAAUGCCUUGGAUGGGCUGCCAGGGAUCCUUCCGGAUUCCUCUCGCCUUACAAAUUCAAUCGCAGGUCUGUUGGCAGCGACGAUGUUUCGCUGAAAAUAUUAUACUGUGGAGUUUGUUACGCCGAUGUUGCUUGGACCAGGAACAAAUCAGGGCAUUCGAAAUAUCCAUUGGUGCCCGGACAUGAGAUUGUUGGGACUGUCACAAAGAUCGGAUCAAAUGUGGAAAGAUACAAAGUUGGCGACCAUGUUGGAGUCGGGACAUACGUAAAUUCUUGCCAGGAAUGCGAAUAUUGCAACGAUCACUUAGAAGUCCAUUGCUCCAAGGGAUCCAUAUUCACAUUCGAUGGUGUGGACUAUGACGGUACCAUAACUAAGGGAGGAUAUUCGAGCCACAUCGUGGUUCAUCAAAGGUACUGCUAUAGGAUACCCGAGAAUUACCCUCUAGAGUUGGCCGCGCCGCUACUCUGCGCAGGGAUCACGGUCUAUACUCCCAUGUUAAGACAUAACAUGAAUCAACAUUCCGGAAAAUCUCUAGGGGUCAUCGGACUAGGGGGGCUCGGCCAUUUGGCCGUGAAGUUUGGUAAGGCCUUUGGACUCAAAGUAACAGUUUUCAGCACGAGCGUGUCUAAGAGGGAAGAAGCUUUGAGUCAUCUUGGGGCGGAUAACUUUGUCAUCGCUUCCGAUGACAAGGAGAUGUCGGGCUUGGAAAGAUCAUUCGACUUCAUCAUAAACACGGCUUCUGGAGACACCUCGUUUGAUUUAUACCUAUCCCUGUUGAAGACUACCGGUGUUCUUGUUCUGGUAGGGUUCCCCAGUGAAGUGAAGUUUAAUCCAGGAAGCAUUAAUCUAAAUGCACGGAUGAUCGCUGGUAGUUUAACAGGAGGAACGAAGCAGACGCAAGAAAUGUUGGAUUUCUGCGCUGCCCACAAGAUUUAUCCUCAGAUAGAACUCAUCCCGAUUCAGUAUUCGAAUGAGGCCCUUGAGAGGAUGAUAAAGAAGGAUGUCAAGUAUCGGUUUGUGAUCGAUGUUGCCAACUCUCUCAAGUGAAUUGGGAGGAUCCAUACUCAAAUAAUUUACCUGCAAUCUCGUUAGAUACAUAGUAAUAAAGGUUCGAAUAUGGCGUCAAGAACAAAGAUUUCUUGUAUUUAUUGGCCACAUGACUCGGCAUUCUACACACUCAUUAUUCGCUUUUUAGAUCUUACAUUUGACAUGUAUCUAAGAAGACGAAAUAAGAUUUUAUCCUCCCAUGGGGAUCGAUGUUUCUCAUUCAA